UCACGCUGAAUUUUUGAAAAUCGAUAAUGGAGUUGUGCACAAGUAUUGGCCUAAGUCUUGUGGCUUUCGUAAUACUCGGAUAUUUUUACGUAAAGAAAAAAUACCGUUACUGGGAGGAAAAAGGAUUUUUCCACAUGAAAGGAACUUUCCCCUUGGGAAGUCUUCCGGGACUCGGCUUAACUAAGCACGUCAGCUUAGGUUUACAAGACGCUUACAAGGAAAUGAAAGGAAAAGACAUCAUUGGCGGAUUGUAUUUUAUGACAGAUCAUUCUUUUUUGGCGUUGGAUUUGGAUUUUCUCAGAAAUGUUCUCAUUAAGGAUUUCCAGUAUUUCCAUGAUCGCGGAGUUUACAUCAAUGAGCGUGAUGAUCCGUUGACGGGACAUCUCUUUGGUUUGCCAGGACAAAAAUGGAAAGUACUGAGAGCCAAAUUGAGUCCAACAUUCACUUCUGGUAAAAUGAAGAUGAUGCACAGCACCAUUAUAGGAGUGGCCAAGGAAUUUGGGGAUUUCUUAGAGCCUUAUGCCAAGAAGAGUGAGGAAAUUGAAAUGAAAGAAAUUCUGGCUCGCUUCACUACAGACGUGAUCGGAAAUUGUGCUUUUGGUGUGGAGUGCAACAGUUUGAAGGAUCCAAAUGCCGAGUUCCGUCGUGUGGGAAAGAAAGCGUUCAGUUUCACACCUCUAUUAAUGUUAAAAGCAAUUUGCGCACAAGCUUUUCCCAAUUUGGCGAGAACUUUGAGAUUAAAGAUGACAGAUGAUGAAGUUACAGAUUUCUUCAUGAAGCUGCUCAGAGACACAAUUGACUAUCGUGAGAAGAACAAUGUGAAAAGAAAUGAUUUCCUAUCUCUUUUAAUACAAUUGAAAAAUACUGGCAAACUCGAAGGAGACAAUGUUGAUCUGGGAAAGCUGACUUUUGAGGAAUUGGCAGCUCAAACAUUUGUAUUUUUCUUCGCCGGCUUCGAAACAUCUUCCGCCACAAUGGCUUUCGCUCUUUACGAGCUCGCUCUGGAUCAGGAAAUGCAAGAAAGAGCUAGGAAAGAAGUCAAAGCAGUACUGGAGAAACAUGGGGGAGAAUUCACUUACGAAGCCUGUGGAGAGCUCCAAUAUCUCGAGAGGAUUAUAAGUGAAACACUCAGAAAGUAUCCAGUUGUCGACAAUCUUUUGAGAAUCACAUCCAAUGACUAUCAGAUUCCUGGUGAUAAUCGUAUUAUCGAAAAGGGUACACAAAUGGCUGUUCCAGUUUAUGCGAUCCACCACGAUCCAGAGAUUUGGCCGAAUCCUGAAAGAUUCGACCCGGAUCGAUUCACAGAAGAGAACGUCAAGAAUCGACAUCCUUUUGCUUAUCUCCCCUUCGGAGAAGGUCCUCGAAUGUGCAUUGGAAUGAGAUUCGGCUUGAUGCAAACGCGAGUAGGAUUGGCAACAAUACUCAGCAAAUAUCGUAUAAAUGUGACACAAAAAACUCCAAUUCCAAUGGCUUUCGUUGCAGCUAGUGCAUUUCUGUCUCCUAAAGGUGGAAUGUGGUUAAGGAUUGAAGAAAUAUAAAUCAUGUAGUGGAUCAAGUUGUUUCAAAAAUAAGGAAAGGAAAUGCAUUUUGUGUUUUAACAUCUUCAAUGCUUCACUGUGCUAAUAUAUUGAAAGAUUGAUCAUCUGCGGAAUUUAAAUUUCUAUUCAUUAUGACCAAGUGACCGACCACUAUAUUAUCAAAGCAUACAGAGGUCAAUACAAAGAGAUGAAAUAUUAUAUACUCCAGCGGAUUUUAAAAUAUGUAAAUAUAUUUUAAGAGAUAAAUAAAUACACGAUGUCUGACAUAUUAUGUAUGUUCUGCGUUUAAAUUU